AGCAUCCUCGGAAGUUGUAGAACAAGAUGACGUUUCCCACGGAGAUUCUACAUAUCGCAUUUAUAAAUAAUUCCACAAAAUAAAAUAUCUACCUAGAUUCUAGAUCAAGAUCCAGAAAUCUAGAACAAAGUUCUAGCCGCUGAUCGAAGCUUUUGUUUUUAAGGUUUAAAAAAAAAGAACAAGCAACGAUUUACCUAAACAAUUUAACAUGAGGCGGUCUUAUUUAGCUAAUGGUAACAAUGCUCAGUAUAAAGACACCACACAGAUGUUGGAAGAAGAAAAUGAACAGUUAGAAAAUGAGCUCAAAGGAAAAGUUAAAGCAUUGAAGUCUCUGACAAUAGAUAUUGGGAAUGAGGUCAGAGAACAAAAUAAAUGGCUGUCACAAGUUGAUGAAGACUUGGAGUCUUCUGGUGGCUUACUAUCAAAAACAAUGGGACGUCUCAAGUCUAUAACAAACGCUGGUCACUGGAAAAUCUGGCUCUAUGUUUUAUUGUUUGCAUUUUUUGUCUUCUUUAUGUGCUGGGUUAUAGUGAGGUUUAGAUAACAAUCUUUGUAUGCUCCCUGUGUGUGUGAGUUCAACUAUGGGUGUGUGUUUCCAUGAUCUGUUUGAUGCUGAGAUUAAUGGCCAAUCAGGAGUUACAAUCCGUGGAUCAGGUUGUUUCUAGUCAGUGUAGAUUACAGAUAUUUGUUACACCAUGCAUCCGUCAGGCAGGAAAUAAUUUGGGUUUGAGAAAUACAUGUUGUUGUCAAAAUGUGUAUUACUUCCAGAAAAUUCUUUUAUAAUUAAGUCUCUCUUUAAUAAUUGGUGUGGGUUUUGUCAGAAAAAACAUUUUACAAUAAGAGAUUAGGAUGUUGGUAUUAGAUUUAUAAGAUGAAUUUUGUUACAAUUUUUAAAGUGCUAAAACUGGUCUUUCACAAUUGAAAUUUUAUUGAGAACUGUUUAAACUACAUAGAUGGUUACAAUAUUUUGUUCUGAUAUAUGUCUUGACCACGCUGUAAAUAUUUGUGUAUCACUGUACACGUUUGGGUCAAGAGCUAUUUGUUAUGACAGAGAGUGUUGAAUGCGUGUUUUUCCUUCUGUUUUAUUUUAUUUCAACGGUUCAUCUGUUUGGCAUAACUGAGCUCAGAUUUUUACCUUCUUCAGUCUUAAUGUUUAUUUAUUAUACACCAAUCUUAUGGAGAUACAUAGCGUAAGAAUAAUCCAAGUAUAUAAAAUGAUGCAGCUUUUAUUAGAAAUAUGUUUUUUUUUUUAAGUUAUGAGUAAAAAUUUUGGUAUGAUGUGAAUUUAAAUUCCUUUUUUUAAUCUGAUGGUCCGUUUAUAAUUUUUAUUUAAGUUGUCCUUUAAAGAAUGUGAUUUAAUAUUGAUUUAUGCUGUUAUUACUUGAGUUUUUAAAGGUCCAUCUGUUAAUUCUUGCAUGAUUCGCAGUCCUUUAAAGGCAGUUUUCUUUGCUGACAGCUUUGCUUCCAUAAGUGACACCCUGCAUUGUAAUAAGUUUUACUGUCAAUACAUCAAACUUUUUUUAUGUCUACACUUGUAAAAGUGUACAUGAAGUGACAUUUUAAAAUGUCAUAACACAUAAAUUUUUUUUCUCUUUGAUAAACUGUAUUUUGUCACAUUUACUCUAUUUUAAACUGAUGUGUAUGAAAGAUAACGCUGAACUGGCAUAAAUGUAUAUGUUGAUAUAAAUUAAUUAAAACAUGUUGAAAGAAAGCUAAUGACAGCAUAUGUUUACAGUCAUA